UGCAGCGCGCGGAGCGGGCCGCGAUGCCUUUCGUGGAGCUGGAGACGAGCCUGCCGGCGGCGCGCCUGCCCGGGGACCUGCCGGCCAAGCUGUGCGCGGAGGUGGCGACCAUCCUGGGAAAGCCCGAGGAGCGGGUGAGCGUGACGGUGAGGAGCGAGCAGCGCAUGGUGCUGGGCGGCUCGGCUGCGCCUUGCGCCCAGCUAGUGGUCUCUUCCGUCGGCGUGCUGGGCUCGGCGGAGCAGAACAAGGCGCACAGCGCCCGCCUCUUCGACUUCCUCACGCGGGAGCUGGCCCUGGGCCCGGACAGGAUCCUCAUUCGCUUCUACCCGCUGGAGCCGUGGCAGAUCGGCAAGAGGGGCACCGUCAUGACUUUCCUGUGAGGCAGCGGAGCCCGGCGCCGGCCCCAGCGCCCACCCGCGCCGCGGCCUGCGCCUCUGCGGCCCGCCUCUCCUUGCCAGGGCCGGCCUGCUUCUGCGGGGGGCUCCCGAAGCCGGCCCCCGCCCCGGGCGCCUGAGAAGCAAUAAAGCCA